AGGUGCAACUGACAGCUAACAGUGAUGCAUUUAAUUUAUUUUGCAGCCUGACCAAGAUAUUUUAGGAACUACUUCUGUUUUAGAUGAAACAACAUAAACAACUGUAUUGACAGACAUUUCUUUUACAUUUAUUUAAAAGGCUUAUAAAUGCCAGUAAUAGUGUGAUUAGCUUUUUUAUAGCGAGGUGUAACUGCGGUCUGGUCUCUUCGCUGAUUUAAAGAUGUUGUAUUUUAUCGGUCUUGGUCUCGGUGAUGCUAAAGACAUCACUGUCAAGGGUUUAGAGAUCAUCCGACAGUGCAAUCGGGUUUAUUUGGAGGCUUACACGUCCAUAAUGACCGUCGGGAAAGAAGCGUUGGAGGAAUAUUAUGGGCGUGAGCUUAUGCUGGCAGACAGAGACAUGGUGGAACAACAGGCAGAUGAAAUUCUAAAAGGAGCAGAUGUCAGUGAUGUGGCAUUUCUGGUGGUGGGUGAUCCUUUUGGAGCCACAACUCAUAGUGAUUUGGUCCUUCGAGCGGUGAAUGCCGGAAUACAGUAUCGCGUUAUACACAACGCCUCCAUCAUGAAUGCAGUAGGCUGCUGUGGAUUACAGUUGUACAACUUCGGGGAGACCAUAUCCAUUGUCUUCUGGACAGACACGUGGAGGCCUGAGAGCUUCUAUGAUAAGAUCAAGAAGAACAGGGAUAUGGGCCUGCACACGCUGUGCCUGUUGGAUAUCAAAGUCAAAGAGCAGUCCAUGGAGAAUUUAAUGAGGGGCCGGAAAAUUUAUGAGCCCCCCAGGUACAUGACUGUCGCUCAGGCAGCUGAGCAACUUCUGGAGAUACUGCAAAACCGACAGGAACGGGGUGAGGAGCUAGCAAUGACCGAAGACACAGUGUGUGUCGGCCUGGCCCGGGUUGGAUCCGAGGACCAGGCCAUCCAUUCUGGGACACUACGGGAGUUGGCCUCCUGUGACCUGGGAGGACCACUUCACUCCAUGAUUAUCAGCGGACACCUUCACCCUCUUGAGAUUGACAUGCUAAAACUCUUUUGCAGUCCAGAAGGAUUGAAAACCUUGAAGAUGACUGAUAGUUCCACAUACAUUUCUUGAUGUCCAAGAGGCAUAAAGGAGCAGUGGUCAUCAAGAAAAUGGUUCCCUUGUCAGAGUUCCUCUGAUGUUACAAAGGGUACAGAGGAAACAAGUGCUUCAUUAAGGGACAUUUGUGGUGUACAACAUCGGAGGGUCAGGAGAGCACAAAAAUUACAUAAUUGUUAUUCCAGUUCAAAUUUGACCAUUUUACCCUUCAAGCAUCAGUCAGGCCAGGGUUGCAUUUCAUUAAGAGAGAGAUUUAGGUUGGGAGUGAACUAAUUACUUCAAUGUGUGGCAGUCAUGUUCGUGCUGUCAAAAGAAAAAAAUGAUGGAAUAAUAUUCAAGGAAAUGGAAAGGUUAUUGUGGAACCACUGCAUCUGGGUUGCAUUAGUACCUCAGAAAAUGUACCUUCUUAUUAAAACUGGCUAAAUUUGUCUGUAAUACAUGGAACUUUCUUAAAGAAGAUGUAAAUAUGAUAAAAGUGAAUUUCAGACUCUGAGCAUGAGCAGAGAUUGAUUUUUGUACAAUAAAAGACAUGUCAUUUCCACUGAUUACGUCAAAGCCUG